UAAAUACACCACCUCUGAAGAGAAGAGAAGGACCACAAAUGUGCUCUUAGAACUAAAGUUUCACCAUGGCUUCCCACAAUGAGAUCGACGACACCGACAUCGUCGCUUCCGAAUCCUCUCCCUCUCCCUUCCCCUCUCCCUACCUCCAUCUCCACCUCCCUCCCUUCCUUGCAAGAAAGAUGGUUUCUGAGAUGCUUGCCACUUUCAUGCUUGUGUUUGUCACUUGUGGCUCCGCUGCCUUGAGCAAGAGCGACCCGAGCUUGGUCUCGCAGCUCGGGGCCUCGGUCGCUGGAGGACUCAUCGUCACCGUGAUGAUCUAUGCCGUCGGACACAUCUCCGGGGCACACAUGAACCCCGCCGUCACCCUUGCCUUCGCCGUCUCUAGGCAUUUCCCAUGGAUACAAGUUCCCUUUUACAUGGUGUCCCAAAUCUCCGGUGCCACGGUCGCGUCCUUUGUGCUCCGAGAAGUGCUAUAUCCGAUACGAAACCUUGGAACGACGACACCGAGCGACACCGCUACGAAAGCUUUGGUCGUGGAAAUCGUCGUCACGUUUUGUAUGAUGUUUGUAACAUCUGCGGUAGCAACUGAUACCAGGGCUGUGGGAGAGUUAGCGGGUUUAGCUGUUGGUUCCUCCGUAUGCAUAACAUCCAUUUUAGCUGGACCUAUCUCGGGCGGUUCGAUGAACCCGGCGCGGACGAUUGGACCAGCGAUCGCGAGCAGGAGAUUCGAUUCGAUUUGGGUUUACGUGAUCGGCCCGGUUUUGGGCACUUUGCUAGGCUCCGUAUCCUACGAGUUUAUAAGGCUGAAUGAGAGGCCCACGAAGGCCCAAUUUAAUAGCGACUGCCGGCUGCCCUCCCUCAAGCUUCGACGCUUGCAGAGCCAAGAAAAGGCCAACGAUACUUAUUGUGAUAAUAUUUAGAUUACCAAAUUAAUAAUUUAGAAGGUAUGGCAUGUCUUUAUUCUUGUGUUUUGCUUAUGAAUGAAUUAAGAUGAUUUGAUGCA